AUGAAGAUUGUUGGCAAUAUUGAACUUUUGCAUGUUUCUAAACAAGACGAUGAUUAUAGUGCUUAUAAUGAAGCUAUCGAAGAGCUCAAAAAAGAAAAAGGAAAAAAUCUAAAUACAGUUUUUAGAAACUAUUCUUCAAGAUCCAAUGAACCAAUAGAAAAUCUUUAUACAAGGCUUAGAGAUUAUAAUUCUUCAAUUGAUAUUGAUGCCUUCAAAAGGCAUGUUUGCUUUAUUAUUAAACUUGAAGGAGAACCAAUUGAUCCAUGUAUUGAAAUAGAUAAUGGAAUUAAAACGGAUUUUGAUUCAGAUUCUCAAAUAGAAUCAUCAACUCAACAACAAAACAAUUAUAAGUACUCAGAAAAUUUUAACAAAUCAAAAUCUGAAUCAAAGUUAUUAGAUCUUUAUUCAGAUGAUUUUGAAAAUACCAAAAAACAAAAAAAAGGAAAAUUCAGAGCUAUUAAUGAAUUUAAAGUAAAUCAUCAAAAAUUAAACAACAAUAGUAAACAUAUUCAUGAAUCUGAAAAACAUUUACUUAGUGAAAAUGAUUUAUUUGAAGAUAAUAUUCUUAAUAUUAGUGAAGAUUCAUUA